AUGUUAUUGUUCGUCUAUAAAACAUGGUAUUUAUUAUUUCUAUAUAUUUGUGUUAAAACUGAAAUUAAAUGUGAUAUUGAAAAUCAUUCCCUUCCAGAAUGUGAUGUAUCCAUCGAUUCAGCUAUUUGCAUUAACAAUGGUCAAAAAAUAUUGCUUCCCCAAGCAAAGCCAUAUGGAUUAUCUGCGCAUAUAAAUUUCGAUAGUAUAACACCAGUAGAUUCAAGUGGCAAUAGAAAUCAUGCAUUAGGAAAUUUUUUUGCAUCACCAGGAUUUGGUGGAAUUAGAAAUUCCGGAUUAUUCCGAAAAAAUUAUAUUUAUAUUCCUCAUUCAGAUGAGUAUUUUAAAAGUGCAGAUUUUUCCUAUACUUUUUUUUUAUACAUAUUAGAGGAUGAUAUGUCUAUAAAAAAUAGUACAAAAGGAAAAUAUUGUCCUGUUAUCCACAAAGGUAUAGCUAAAGAAAAAAUUCAGGAAUUUUCUCCUGCAAUAUUGAUAAACACGAAGAAUGGAAGAAUAAAAAUGGUUCUGAGUACAUCAUCCACUACUAGUUCUACUGGAGAAGAAUUUUUAAGUAAUUUUAAACUGGGACACCAUCAGUGGUAUCAUAUUGCGGUUGUUAAGCAUAUCAAUCAUAUAAGACUAUUUGUAAAUGGAAUUUUGGAUUCGAGUUUUCUCACUGAAGGAAUAAUCAGAACAAAUGAUUUCCCUAUAUAUAUAGGUGGAGCACCAUAUUCUUUAGAUGAUUGCGAUUUCCCAUUUUUAAUAGACGAAUUAAAAAUUUAUAAUAUAAGUAUAGGAGUUGAUCAUAUUCAAAGUGAAGCAUCAGCAACAUUAGGGGGUCUUGAACCAUCCUUUAUUUAUUUUGGAUGUUUUCGUUGUGAUAUAAAUACCGCGGUUUUAUCAUGUCCUAACAAUUAUCAUUUAUGUAAUAAAAUGGAGCUAUAUAUAGGUGUGUAUAAUAUAAUGAGAAAGUUUAAUCUAAAUAUAGAUAAUAUAAUACUUCCAUUUUCCCCUGAAAGCAAUAUAGGAAUAGGUGUAUGUUGUGCGGAUAUGUAA